AUGGACGACUUUUUUACGACAACAGAUAGUAUGGAGAGUCAACAGCGCAAGCGUGUGGCGAUCACUUCAUCCUUCUUUCCUGUGAAUGAGAGUCUAUUACCUCAAUUGCAUAUUACACCGGCACAGCACGACGAGCUUCGUGAUUAUGCAAUACAAGCAGCUCUAAAUGCAGUUCGUGACGGACCGACGUGGGGACGUUCUAAUAUUGAACACGCGGUAUCGAGUGGUUGGAAAGUGCUGUCAGCUCGACCGACAGCUUGCUUCAUGACCAAGAAACAGACCAAGAAGAAGAAGAAGAGGAAGAAAGUUAGCAGCAAGAGGGCAACAGCUCAUGCACCACAACAAGAACCUGGGCAGCAACAGCGAGAAGAUGACAAACGGGUUACGUCACUAACUUCACACGUUACGAUUCCAGGCGUCACGAACCUUGACAACGUCAACAACACUGAUAUUAUCCGGGAUGUGAUGCCUAUUCAACCGUUUACAUCAAUGCCGUUGGAAGCUGCUAGCGGACAGCAAUUUAUGGCCCAUGCAGUUCUCCCUAACUCGCUAGAAGACGUCAUGAACACGCUGUACUGUGAACAUACACGCGAAAUGCGAGCUAUCAAGAGCAAAGUAUACGGUGAAGCAGCAUUGGAUUGUUGUAUCUUGCAGACUCUUGAAGGUGCGACGCUCGAGGAUCCGUUCUGGUACCUUGGACUCAAGUGGUUGGCCCUGCGCUCUCCAAUACAAGCCUUGAUGGCAAGUCGCGAGUUUGUCUACCUUGAACAUCUAGGCACGCACGUAGAUCCGGAAACAGGACGUCGGAUGCUGUAUCGAGUGACUCAGUCUGUACACAUUAGAGAAUAUGGCGGUCAAGACUCGUACUUUGGUCUUACGCGGGGACACAUUGAAACUGCUUUCGUGUACUGGAUGGACGAUGAAAAUGAAAUAAGGAACCCCUUGCUCCAUGUGUGUGCAAAGGGUCGAAUUCAAAUGAAGGGUAGCAUGCCGGACAUCCUCGUGUAUAGAUAUCUCAAGGCUUUCUGGCGUUCGGAACGCUUUCUUUUCCCUGCUGGCAGGUCGUCAGGGUCAUCGCUGGGCUUGAGUAUUAUUAAUGACAGUGCUGAGCAACCGCUUUCGAAUGCAUCGAAGAAAAAGACGGAGAAAAAGUCAAGACGACGCAAAGUACCAAUUGGUCCGCCACUGGAGAUGGCACACGAAUGGGUAGCUGAUGAACUUCGUCCACGCUGCUCGGUGUGCAACAAGAAGUUUCGUCUCGUAAAACGCUUAAAGCAUCAUUGCCGUGCCUGCGGUGAAAUCAUGUGCCGUGAGUGCACGUUUCAUCACCGAGUCAAUGUCCGUGCUACACAAAGCUUCCGCGGCUUACGAGGUACUACUACAGGAUCAGCGGACCUAAUUGCAGAUAUGAAAGUAGUUGGACACGGAGACAAGCAGACCAAUUUUGAAGAGACCAUGACAUGUAGCUUUGACAUCCAGGUAGAAGAGGAAAACAAAGGCGGAGAGUUUGAUGCGAGUAUGCGUUUGGUAAAUGCCAGGAAAGCGGUAAACGGUCCUACGGAGACGGCUGUGCUUGGGGGUGAUGCUGUGGUGUGUGUGAUGAUAGCAAAGGUGUGUCUCCGUUGUCUACAGAGUGUGCCGCUUGUAACCAGAUCCAAAAGUAAAUCCAUUCAGCGCCGAAGACACAGCGAUAUUGCACUCAACGGACGCCGCCCUGCAUCCGUUGCUGAGGGCUAUAGCGAGCUUCGUCUGGAUAAGGAUUUUGCUCUGCGUCCUCAAACCUGGACACCGGACAACGUGGAAGCAGAGGAGCUUGACGGACUCGAUGACGACGUGCGGAUGUUUGGAGGUGAGCUAGACCUUCCGAUUUUGGGCGUUGAUGAUACGGACACGGAGAGCGUCGAUGGUCUUGCAGAGAUCAAGAGGCGAUCAACCUCAAAUGCAUUUGACACAAUACGUAGGUCGUCAAUACACGUGCGACAUGGUUCGUAUGCUCAGGAGUGGAACGGACAAGAGGAUGGUAGACUGGACAGCCAUGUCAACCGUGAGCGCGUGAUGAUCCUCUCGCCUCACGCACUGUCAUCUGCCUCAUCGCUUACGUCUUUGCAGAUGUAUGAGCUCGUGGAAAACGAUAAAGACAGCCACGACAGUUGUGGUCUCUCAGAACACGAUUCGAGCCAACACCGAUUUGAUGCACAAAGUGACAUCGACGGUGAUGACAAUGAUUCGAUUCAGUUCUACCCCACACAGACCAACUCAGUAGUGGAUGAUAAGGAACUGACAGCAGCGGCACAUACCAAUGAAGCGUUCGACCCAGAUAGCUUGUGUGACCUGAAAGAUGAUGACCAAAUUGAGCUCGCUGUUGAUGCUAUAGCUCACGUCAUGGAACCGAAGAAAGCGUUGCGCCGAACGUGCGACAUACAAGACGAGGUCUUGUACCAAAAUCGACAAAUUCCAUCUCCAUCACCGUCGACAACUUCGUUAUGUAGUGAAGAUGACGAAGACGAGUGCAGCGAGAUUGAUGGACCGAUACAAGAUAUUCGACAGGCGCUCGCACAAGUUGAGGAGUCACUAGCGGACCAAGCUCGUAUUCUUUUCACUAUUGAACAGGAACGUAAGCAGAAAGCAGCGACUUCUUCUGUUUUGCUCAGCAGUAGCUUCAUCAAAGGCGUAAGCUGA